AUGGCUAACCCUAGUGUUCUUACCUUCGAUGCUGAAGGUCGAGCGGUUGAUUUCGAGGUCUGGGUCGAUGAACUGCAGCUCUUUGUGCAGUGCGACUCUAGGGACGGAGUCUCACUGUUCGAUCACACGUCCGGCGUCUCUGUUGCACCUGCUGCCGUUGCUGACAGUGCAGUUCGCUCGCAGUGGACCACGCGUGAUGCUGCUGCUCGUCUUGCUGUUUGUAGUCACCUGCCGUCAGCUGAGCGCGCGCAAUUUAGCCAGUACAAGACUGCUAAGACUCUGUAUGACGCUGUUGUUGCGCACUACUCCUCCCCUACCUCUGCUGCCCUCAGCCGCCUCAUGCUGCUGUACCUGUUUCCUGACCUUGCCGCUUUUGCCACAGUUGCUGACCUCAUUAGCCACCUCCGCACCAGUGACACCCGCUACCGCGCUGCGCAUCCUGCCAAGUUCUGCGCCAAGAACCCCCCCCUUAUGUACAUCACCCUCAACUACCUCGUCACCCGACUCCCUGAGUCCCUUCGCCCAGUCAGGGACCACUUCCUCUCCCUUUGCCCCACCACACUCACCGUUGACCUCCUCGAGGAGCACCUCCUUGCAGCUGAGAAGAGUAUAGACGCUGUAGGAGCCUCUCGUGGUGACCCUCGUGCCCCUUUCUUUGAGGGGUGCUCCCCUGUCCCCCUUUUGCCCUCUGUUGCCACUGCUGCUGCUUUUGACCUCGUUGGCACCGAGUCGGUCGGAGCUGCGUCUGCUCCUAGUGGGAGACGCCGCAGCGGUAAGGGCAAGGGGGGCAAGGGUUGUGAAGGGGAUGGCGGUGCUGAGGGUGACUGUUACCUUUGUGUUCCGCCCGACCAAGGCAUUGAGACUGCUUCUCUAGGUGCUAGCAAGUCUGCCGCUCCAGGUGCUGGUGAGGCUGCUCUCUCAGGUACCGCGUCGGCUCAGGUCUUGCACACUUUCACCCUUGACUCAGGUGCUUCCCGUUCCUUCUUUCGCGACUGCACCACACUCACGCCGCUCAGCCGGCCAGUGGCAGUCUCCCUGGCUGACCCCUCUAAGGGUCCGGUCCUUGCGCACUUCUCCACAGUUUUGCCGUGUCAGGCGGUCCCGUCUGGCUCCCUGUCCGGUCUCCACCUCCCCCCGUUCUCCACGAACUUGGUGAGUGGAGCUGAUCUUCAGGACAUGUGGGUUGACCAGUUCACUCCUGGAGGUGUUUGCUGCAGCGUCCCGGUCUGA